GGUGAGUCCGGGCGCGGGGGGCGGCCCGCGGGCCAGGCGGGCCAUGGCCAGCACCGGCAGCCCCCUGUAGGAAGAAACGCGUCAGGAAGAUCGUGAGGGUCACAGUAGGACGCCGUUUCAAACGCAGUUGUUUACGUUAGUUUGACAGCGUAAAUCUCGUUUCGUGUGUACUGACAUAUCUCGAAGAUGGACUCGUAGUUGGUAUACAGACGUGGUAAUGUAUGAUGCUGUUCCAAUCCAGUCAAGUGUGGUGUUAUGCUCCUGUUCAUCCCCAUCAAUGGUGAGAAACCAAGCAGAUUCCAGCACUCCAUCUGUCAUUUCCACUUGUGGCAGCAGACAGGGAUCUAACAUGGAGGGCACAGCACCUGAAUCAAGAUCUAAUUCAAACUCCUUGCAGCAACAUACAGGACAGCAGCCUCCACAGCCUCGAAAGAAACGACCUGAUGACUUCAAAUUUGGGAAAAUUCUGGGUGAAGGAUCUUUUUCAACGGUUGUCUUGGCUCGCGAAUUGGCAAGUUCUAGAGAAUAUGCCAUUAAAAUUCUAGAAAAACGUCAUAUCAUAAAAGAAAACAAGGUACCAUAUGUGACACGAGAGAGAGAUGUAAUGUCCCGUCUGGAUCACCCUUUUUUUGUGAAACUCUACUUCACCUUUCAGGAUGAUGAAAAGCUAUAUUUUGGGCUUAGCUAUGCCAAAAACGGAGAGCUGCUAAAGUAUAUACGCAAAAUUGGCUCGUUUGAUGAGACCUGUACAAGAUUUUAUACUGCCGAAAUUGUAUCAGCCCUGGAGUAUUUGCAUGGGAAAGGAAUAAUUCACAGGGACCUUAAGCCAGAGAACAUCUUGUUAAAUGAAGAUAUGCACAUUCAAAUAACAGACUUUGGAACAGCGAAAGUAUUAUCUGCAGAUAGCAGACAAGCGCGGGCAAACUCAUUUGUAGGGACAGCACAGUAUGUUUCUCCAGAACUGCUGACAGAGAAAUCUGCCUGUAAGAGCUCUGACCUCUGGGCUCUGGGAUGCAUAAUAUAUCAACUUGUAGCUGGAUUGCCUCCAUUUAGAGCUGGAAAUGAAUAUCUUAUAUUCCAGAAGAUAAUAAAGUUGGAAUAUGACUUCCCAGAAAAAUUUUUUCCCAAGGCAAAGGACCUCGUGGAAAAGCUAUUGGUUCUAGAUGCUACCAACAGAUUAGGUUGUGAAGAAAUGGGAGGAUAUGGACCUCUUAAGGCUCACCCCUUCUUCGAGUCCAUUGUGUGGGAGAACCUACAUCUUCAGACACCCCCUAAACUUACAGCAUAUUUACCUGCUAUGUCAGAGGAUGAUGAAGAUUGUUAUGGAAAUUAUGACAAUCUCCUGAGUCAGUUCGGUUGCAUGCAAGUUUCUAGUUCUGCCUCUUCCCAUUCACUGUCUGCUGCAGAGACAAGUACACCACAGACAUCAGGAGGAAAUAUUGAACAGUAUAUUCAUGAUCUUGACAACAAUUCCUUUGAGCUGGAUUUACAAUUUUCUGAAGAUGAAAAGAGGUUACUUCUGGCAAAACAAGCUGGUGGAAAUCCUUGGCAUCAGUUUGUAGAGAAUAACUUAAUCCUAAAAAUGGGUCCAGUGGACAAAAGAAAGGGAUUGUUUGCACGUCGGCGCCAAUUGCUGCUCACAGAAGGGCCCCACCUGUAUUAUGUGGAUCCUGUCAACAAAGUUCUAAAAGGAGAAAUUCCAUGGUCUUUAGAGUUGCGUCCAGAAGCCAAGAAUUUUAAGACGUUCUUUGUUCACACGCCAAACAGGACAUAUUACCUGAUGGACCCAAGUGGGAAUGCUCAUAAAUGGUGCAAAAAGAUACAUGAAGUUUGGCGGCACAGAUACCACCAGAAUGCUGCAAAAUAGUAAAGCUCAUCCAAAAUUUCCGUUUCCCUUCUUGCUGCUAGAACUCCAUGUGCAGCCGAUCAGAGGAGUCUUUUCAACCCACCUAUUACCAUCUCAAGGGGAAGCAUACGUCUGAAAUGUUUUUGUUUUGUGUUUGUCUGUUUGGUUUUUUUUUUUUUUUUUUUUGUUUUAAUUUUUUUUUUAAGAAGGAAAAAAAAAAAGGAAGAAAAGCAAAAACCUAAUGGAAUUCAGGGUUGCUUUGCUCGCUCUUUGUGCUUCUGUUGAGGCUUCCACAUGCAUAUCAUUGCAGUGAAAAUCUUGCUUUUGUGCACUUCAGUUCGGUUUCUGCUGCAGACUAGUGGAUAGACCUUGCAUUACCAGCUUCACUUAAGAUGAGUUAAAACCAAUCCACACGCACACAUGCCGAAUCAUGUACCAGCCUUGCAUUUUAUGGGGCUGGAGUUUUCUGUGACUCUCAGAUUAUCAUUAAACUGUGUUUCAUCAGGGAGCUUUUAUAUGCCUCUCCUACGUACCACCUCUUUGUUUUCUCUUCCUUUCGUCCCCCAGCUUAUUGGUAUAUGGCAUUUGUAGCCAGGUCAGUUGCACCCUUGUGUAAUUCCUAAUAUAGCUCUGGUUGCAGGAUUUGUGUGGUACUUUAGUAAUUAUGUGAGUGAAUCAGAUGUAUUUGUCUGACAGACAGGCUCCAAUGAUAAAAGUUUUGGAAGAGUAAAAUGCUGAACAUAGCACUGAAAUUUCUAAAAUUGAGAUGUUGGCUUCUGAAGCAUUUUAAACAUUAAGUUUAAAUUUUAAUAUAAGUCAUAUGUGUGUUUAAUCAAGGGAUGGUAAACUUACCAGCAUGCUUUUAAUGCUAACUAAAAGAGAAACUAGUUAGUAUGGGGAAGAAAAGGCUACUAUUGAAAUAGUAACUAGUUUUUCACCUUUUCAGCAGAUGAGGUCUAGAAGCUUUUUUUCCAGGGUGUGUAUGUGUUGUGCAUUUUAGUGGGGCCAACCUAUUUAUCUGAGUAGAGAAGGAAGUGUGAAAACUUUGUACAAUUGAUUACUUGACUUUUUUUUUUUUUUUGUCUCAUUUUAUAAUGAGAUGUCAAUUCUGUUUUUGAUCCUUGGCCAAACAUUCAGGAACUCUGGAAAAAAAUGUAAGCAAUUGAAAUAUAGAUAAUAAAGUAAUCUGGUUAGAAAAAGGCAAAUAUUGAUACAAAGGGGAAAAUAUAUGGUACUUAAAGCAUAUCUAUAAAAUGAAAAUAUUUUUCAUAUCAAUCUCCUUUACCCUCUUCAAAUUAUGGCUAUUUUUUGUGGUCAAACAUUUCUUGUAGUGUUACAAAGACACAACUUCCUGUGUGGCAUGCCUGUGUUCCUAGACCUUGCAUAGAGGAAUGACCUAGGUCUGGACAAAGGCAUUCCUUUCUUGUUUUAAAAGCAGUAUAAACAUCACACCUAUUUAUUCACUCACUACACAUACCAUUACUUGGCAUUUUGAGUUGUCAUACUAUGAUGUGCUUUUCCUUCCACCAAAGAAAGGUUUCUCUAUAAUGUUGAAAAAACUCCUAGGCUACUGUUUCUAGAAGCAGUCUUUUAAAAACAAUGGCUUAUCAAAUUUCUCAGAAAAUACAUGAAUGUCGAAUAUUUUCUUGUAUAGGGUGAAGGAGAUUUAUUAUUGAUCUCUUAAAAACUGUGUUAUAUGGUUGAACUUGAUGGCAGUUCAGCUUUUCCAGUCUUUAAAAGAGGCAGUGCAGUUGCCUUUGCUUUUGGAGCCAACUGCGUUCUUGUAGUCUUCUAUAUCCCACCACGUAUGGAAACCUGAGAGAAGCAAAUCCCUGGUUUACUGUGUCUGGUGUUAAGGGAGAGGAGGUGUCCUGUAAAUGGCUGAGAUGAGGAAGACAGAAAAGUGUUCCCUUUGCAUCAUGAGAAAUUCCAUCACAUACGAAGUACACUCCUUGUCACUCAAAUUUGAAUAGCACAGGGCAUCUUUGGUCUGAGUCCGUAGUAAGCUAUAUGUGCCAUUCUAACCAAGAUGACAUGUAUUUUAAGGCUGUUGCAGUGCUGUCCAUUUGUUCUCCAGCUGUCAAAUUCCAGCCAUGUGUUGUGUCCACUGGAGGCAAGCCCAUACCCCUUUUGGAUUUAGUCUCUGCUAUAGAGAUCCAGACAGAUCCCCAGCUUUAUACAGGGGAGUUUGGCAGUGAUGGAGGUUCACGGUGCCACUGCUGUUCCACGUGACAAAACUUGGCCUUACAUAAAAAGUCUGGCAAAAUGACCUCCAUUGGCUUGUUAACUAGGUAUAAUUCUCGGUGUGCUUAAACAUGUUUUCUGUAAUGUUUAGAUUUUGUCAUUUUACCAUAACAAGUUAAUUGCUAUGUUUUUUCACACCUUGAAAAUCUUCCCUCAGUAGACUUCCAUCCUGCCCACCAAAAGCUUUCAGCCAGCCAGAUCUUGGUAGCAGUAAGCUGGCAAGAAGGUAUCUGGAAGGCUGAUGUCUGCAUUCUAGAAGUCCUUUUUUUUUAACUGACCAUGCUGUUAUUAGAAAACUAUGAGCAUCUCUUACAGGCGUCACUCCGCUUAGAACUUCAGUAUUCCUAAUCCAGUCUUACUUAGCUACUGCCUUUUUAGGAAGGAACUAGAACUUUCCUGGGAGAGGUAUUUCUGUUUCUUGGGCUAUAGGUGGAAUCUGUGAGUUUGAAAGGUGGCAGGAGUAGAGAGUGAGAUGUCACAAAGCAAUUGUGGAUUCAGGUAUGUUUUACCAGUUUGUCCACUUAAAUGUGUGUUGACAGGUGCUGCAUACUUUGAAGGGCUGGUACCCAUUUUAAAUGCUUAUACCUGAUGUGGGGUAGAUUCAUAUCUUUGGCCUGAAGAUCACUCCUGUGGUUCAUGGGAGUUCAUGGAAUGCAAUGGGCAAGGGAGGUUCUUCAGAGCUGCACGUAAGCCCAGGUGAUUUUUCUGCUUUUAAUCCAAGGUUUUCAAAGCAUAAAAAAAAUUGUUAGGUACUUGAAGACUCUUCUUAAGAUUCCUCCUCACUGCAGGCCUACUGAAAACCCAAUCUGUUGGUGCAUUCCAUCUCUUGCAAUUUGAACAAUUGCCAAUAAUUUAUGAAGAAUCUGGUCAAUAGUGUUGUCAUUUUGCUUUGCUUGGUAUUUGAACUUCAGAAAGGUAUUUAUUCCAUCUUUUUCUGUGUGUGGAGCUUAAGAAAGGAUGAAGUACUACUGCCCAGUCACAAGAAGUUCAAGACUACUUUGAUAAACUGAGAAAUUAGUUUGUUACCGUUCACCUUAAAGUCGAGUUUUGUAAAGGUUUUGUAUUAAGGAAGAGUUACUUCAGGUGUGAUGCUGAGGCGUUGUGAGCAAACUGAUAUUGCCUAUUAUGAUUCCAUUUGCUAAGCACUUAGAUGCUGAGAAGAUCAAACUAUCAGACAGUACUGUGCUCUCCUUUCCUCCUUCUGACAUGAUCUAAUUGUGAACUAUCUGCUAUUACGUAAGUCUGGAAAGAACUGUGGAUUGAAACAAAUAUGUGAUGAUUCUAAUCAGUUUUCAUAGUUCAAGAUGCUUAAUUUAAUGUGCUUGAUAUAUUUUGUGCUGGGAACUUUGAAGAAUUAUGAGAAUUUCCCACAUGUACAUUUUCUUUUGAAUGAUUUAGUAAAGUCAAGACAAUGACUUCAUUUGGCUUGUCGACAAAACAUUUGAUUUCAACACCUUGCUGAGGAGAGAACUUGUGAAUUAAUAGCUGCCUAAACAUGUGGCCUCUGGAUUCUGAUCAUUCUUUCUACUAGUAAAUUGCACAAAUAGGUGUGAUAUUUAUAUCUGAAAUUUUGCUGAAUGCCUGUGUAAUACUUCAUGGAAAUAUUUUAUUAAUCAAAUGGAAAUGUUCCUGCAAAGCCUCAUGAUGCAGAUUAUCCAUCAGUUGAUCAAGUGAGCUUACAGACAAAGUUCUGUGACCCAAAAUGGCACGUUUUCAUAUAUGACUGAUAAUUUCAGAAUGUUUCCUCUUUCAUAGAAGAGAUUACUGUUAUGCAACAAACAGUUGGAGAGGUUCUUAAGCACCUAAUAGCCUGGUUUUAGAAUAAAUAGAAUAUACUGAGUUGGAAAGGACCCAUCAGGGUCAUCAAGUCCAACUCCUGGCCCUGUACAGGACUCCCCAGCAAUCCCACCAUGUGCCAGACACCCUCUUGAACUCAGGCAGGCUUGCUAGUGUGACCACUUCUUAGGGAGCCUGUACCAGCGUUCAGCCGCCAUCUGGGUGAAAAACCUUUUCCUGACACGUAACCUAAACCUCCCGUGACUCAGCUUCAUGUCAUUUCCUCGAGUCCUGUCCCUGGGCAAGAGAGAAGUCUUGUCUGUCAGCCGGGCCAUGAAUGUAGAUGGUUGCCGUUUGACAAAGCUUCCUAUGGCCAUGUACUAACCGAUUUGAUGUGGCGAAUGUUCAAAAUGGUAGCAGAACUUAAAAUUACUGUAUCUGACAAAAGAAAAAAAAAUAGGAACCAGGAACAAUAAUCAGUUUUGAUAGUUGUAUGCUGUUUUCAGGUUGGUGGCAGUCAGUUACAUGUGUAAUAUGCUCUACCUGGUUUGUAGCUUAACUGUGAUGUAAAGAAAAAAGAAAAAAAAGGAAAAACCCACCCCAAACAAACAAAACCCCUGACCCCCCCCUCAACAAACCACAAAACAAUCUCCCCUCCUCCAAGAACUUGUGAAGACAGAAGCAAAUAAUGCAAUGAUAUAAGAUACACAGUUUUGUAUUUUUAUUCUUAUAAGGUUAUUUGCUGGCUCUUGUUGGCCUCUAGUUCAGUCUGUGUUAUUUAAAUUCUAAUAUAUGAAUUAUUUGGAUUGAAUUCAUGUUCGGGGCCAUGGUGUUGUAUGUAUUGAUGUACAGCCUUGAAUGUGAAUAAUUAUUGUAAACUAUAUUUUACACCUUUUUUCUGGCUUUAUUAUAUAAAUUUUCUAUUGGUCGAUGAUUUAAUCAUAUCUCAUAAUUUAAUGACUGUUUAUUCUCCUCCUGACAGAUCUCUGUGCUGUAGAUGUGUAGUUAGUGACUGGAUGACGGAUUUCACUUAUGCUUGGUAGUCUGUAAUAAAGGCAUGUAGGGUUC